CAGCUGCCUCGAGCUUGUGACCACACCUUUCGGAGGGUGGUAGCGUCUCCAACAUCAACCUGCACAGCCAGGAAUCUUCUUCCAUCGUUGCUUGAUGCUAACUGUGAUUUGCCUUGCCCUUGCCCUUACCCUUUCCGCUUCCCUUUCAGAGCAACAAGUGAACCAGCACUACUAAAUGCUCCCGCAGAGAGUCGCCGUCAAGAGCUCGCGAAGCCCAUGCGAUAAAUCGAUUCAAGGUCAACGCAAUCAUGGCAUCGAAAUCUUCCUUCCUCCCACGCCUUUCCCUUUCUCGUCCCGACAGCUCCCUGCCCUUGUUCAACAGCCCGUCGCUUUAUCCCGGCCUCCAAACACAGCACAGCGAAUAUGACCUAGACGAAUUAUCGCCACAAGCGGAAAGAGACGAUCUCCUUUCGCACACAUUUGACGGGCCUGCGUCGUCUAGUCUGCCCUCCAACCGCAAGCCUACGGGUUCCUUGAACCGCCGACCAUCUAACUCUUCCUCCGGCGGCUCUACCGAUGCAAAGAUCCGCAAGGAGAGAGGCAGCGGCAGAGUGCUAUUUGCCGGGCCCCCUCCACCUAUCGCCAUGUCAAGGGUUAUGUACCGUGAUACGGAGGAACACUACAUCGACGAAGAGGAGGAAUCAGGGCCAGGCGCCGCUUCAUGGCUCCCUAAUACCGCGCGGAAGGCCAUCAAAAGCGUCAUAUGGGAUCGCUCAGCCGUUCACACCUCGCGACGCCACGACGCGGCCCCAGUUACCUACGAUCGAAACUCAGUGUGGCGUAGCCUACAGAGGCGUGAGCGCGCUAUAGUUGAAAAUGUGCAGCAUUUCCUCCAGAUCCAGGAGGAUAUCCUGACACGCGUUCAGCCCGGCGACGAUGUCCACGAACACAGCAGUGGCAGUGCCACCCCAACAAGUGCGAGCAUUUCUUCGUCGCGGCGGCUGCACCGGUCGGUAAUAGAACCUGCGACGAGGUCGGGACCGGCCGGAGAAAUCAUCCCUGUGCGCCAGCCCCGACGAAAGAAGGCCGGAAUCAGUGACGCGAGGAAAGGCAUUGCAGCAAGCAUGGCAGAGCUGGCGAAUUUGAAGGUGGAAGAAGACGCAUCACUACUGAGCGCACUGUCCACAAGAAAACAGGCUCUUGCGAAACUGCGCAAGCUGUCCACAAAACACGACAACGUUGCGGAGGAGCUGACCGCACUGGAGACAGACGAGGCGGAGCCACUCGCCAGGGAGCUUGAGGAUCUUGGAAGUGAGCACCGCGGUGUGUGUUCUGAGAUCGAACAUCUACAGAAGAGACUCACUGAACUGAGGACAAGACGGCGUCACUUGGAAAGCAGAAUGGAUGGUGUCAGGAACCGACGCGAGGCAGGGCUGAGUGGGUACAAAAAUGCGCUCAGAGAGAUCGAAGAUACGACAAAUACCUUCCUCACGCGACCGCCAGUGAAGCCAUUGGAUGUAGAGGCACUCGCUGACAGCACCAUGUCAAAAGAGUUGCUGCCGGCCGGAGGUACCGAGUUCUUGCGUCUCCGCCCUGAGCGACGGACAGUUGACAUGGCCCGCGAAUGGUGGGAAAAUGAGAUCAGUAUUCUGGAGAAGCGGAAGGUACAGGUAGAUAUAGAACGAGCCGCCCUCGAGGAAGGCGGGCGGGUCUGGGAGGAGGUCGUCCAACUCGUCUUGGACUUUGAGAAUGAGCUCCGGAAGCUGAUGUCUGAAAUGAUGGCGUCGUCGAUCCACGGCGGAAAGGGCGACGACCACGAGUUCCCGCCAAAGGAGACGAUCCUGAAAUUGCAGUAUGAAAAGAUCAAUACCGUAAUAACGGGUCUGGAACAGCGGCUGCACAUUGCGGAAGACAGCGGCUGGAACCUGCUCAUUGCUGCCAUCGGCGCGGAGCUCGAGGCCUUUAAACAGGCACAGAAGAUCAAUAGGGACAUGCUCAAGGAAUCCGGCAUCAUAAUGGACGGUCUUGGCCCGAGCGACAUACCAAGGGAGAACUCGGGUGUAUCGGCAAGCACCAAUAAUUCUUUUCAUACUGUCAACGGCGGCAGCGCGAACCUGAAUGAGCUCCAGCAGCAGCUCCUUGACCUCCCAAACAAUCGGGAGGAUGACUCGGCUGAGAGCGAUAACGAGGUCCCUGCGGACUUGUUAGUCGCACAAUCAGAGAGCCAGGAGGGACACCACGGGGACGAGAAGACCGACGAAAGCGACAACGAGGUCCCUGAGGACCUGUUGGUUGCGCAAGUCGCUAGUGACAACAUUCCGUGAUAAUAACGAGGGCAGAGUAGACUGUGAUUAAGAAUUAUAGCAAUGGUAGCAAUGAGAGCAGGAAAUUAUGAUUAUGAAGAUGA